ACGACCAAACGCACGUAAACAAUUGAAGUCUUGAGACUGGGACCAGUACUAGUUGAAUGGGUUGAUAUGGCAGAUUCUGGGCAGGCCUCUCAGCCCCGAUUGCUGCAGUCGCAACCCAGCGGAAUAGUGCCCAGCUCUGGUAGUACGACCGGCAGCAGUACAACUAGUGGUACUGGAAGUGGAAGCAGUGAUCCUGCCAGGCCUGGUCUUAGCCAGCAGCAGCGUGCCAGUCAGCGGAAGUUGCAAGCUCGAGCUUUCCCCCGAGCCAAAAAACUCGAGAAGCUUGGAGUGUUUUCUGCAUGCAAGGCAAAUGAGUCCUGCAAGUGCAAUGGUUGGAAAAACCCAAACCCUGCUACUGCACCAAGGAUGGACCUACAGCAGCCUGCCGCCAGCCUGAGCGAGCCCUGUCGCAGCUGUGGACAUGCAUUAGCGGAUCAUGUUUCUCAUUUGGAGAAUGUAUCAGAUGAUGAGAUCAACCGUCUGCUGGGAAUGGUGGUGGAUGUAGAAAAUCUCUUCAUGUCUGUACAUAAGGAAGAAGAUACGGAUACAAAGCAGGUUUACUUCUACCUGUUUAAGCUUCUGCGGAAAUGCAUCUUGCAGAUGAGCCGUCCAGUUGUUGAAGGAUCCCUUGGCAGUCCUCCAUUUGAAAAACCUAAUAUUGAGCAGGGGGUUCUAAAUUUUGUGCAGUACAAAUUUAGUCAUCUUCCUCCAAAAGAGAGACAGACAAUGUAUGAGUUAUCCAAAAUGUUCCUUCUCUGCUUGAAUUACUGGAAACUGGAGACACCAUCACAGUUUCGGCAGCGGUCUCAGAAUGAUGACGUUGCAGCUUAUAAAGUCAAUUAUACCAGGUGGCUUUGUUACUGUCAUGUACCACAAAGCUGUGACAGCCUUCCUCGAUAUGACACUACGCAGGUCUUUGGUCGGAGUCUUCUUAAAUCGAUCUUCACAGUUACACGACGUCAGUUGCUGGAGAAGUUCAGAGUGGAGAAGGACAAGCUUUUACCUGAGAAAAGAACACUUAUUCUUACACAUUUCCCAAAAUUCCUGUCUAUGCUUGAAGAAGAAAUUUAUGGUGAAAACUCCCCAAUUUGGGAAUCUGAUUUCACAGUACCCACUGCAGAUGGUACACAACUGGGAACUCAACCAGCACCACUUCCUACAGCAACUGUGCAAAGCACACCAGCGUAUACCAAAAACCUCAGCAGUACCUCAACCCUGACAUCUAUGAGUGUGGACAGCCAUGCCACAGAUCCAGUACCAGGAGAAAAGAGGAAACUUAAUGAUUCUUUGACUCUGGAGGAUGCUAAAAGAAUCCGUGUUAUGGGUGAUAUCCCAAUGGAGCUUGUAAAUGAAGUGAUGUUAACAAUUACAGAUCCUGCAGCCAUGCUGGGUCCAGAACAUCUUUUACAAAGACCACGCAGCCCAAAGGGUUUCCAGACCAGUUUACUGUCUGCAAAUGCUGCUCGAGAUGAAACUGCUCGCUUGGAAGAGAGGAGGGGAAUAAUUGAAUUCCAUGUUAUUGGAAACUCUUUAUCUCAGAAGUCAAACAAAAAGAUUUUGAUGUGGUUGGUUGGACUGCAGAAUGUUUUCUCUCAUCAACUUCCAAGAAUGCCAAAAGAAUACAUCACUCGUCUUGUUUUUGAUCCAAAGCACAAGACGCUAGCCCUGAUUAAAGAUGGCCGUGUGAUAGGAGGAAUCUGUUUCAGAAUGUUCCCCACACAGGGUUUCACAGAGAUUGUAUUUUGCGCUGUAACCUCUAAUGAGCAAGUUAAGGGUUAUGGAACUCACCUGAUGAACCACCUGAAGGAAUACCACAUAAAGCACAACAUCCUAUACUUCCUGACCUAUGCAGAUGAGUAUGCCAUUGGCUACUUCAAAAAGCAGGGGUUUUCAAAAGAUAUCAAAGUUCCUAAGAGCCGGUACCUUGGCUAUAUUAAGGAUUAUGAAGGGGCGACAUUGAUGGAGUGUGAACUAAAUCCUCGGAUUCCGUACACAGAACUUUCUCACAUCAUCAAAAAACAGAAAGAGAUAAUAAAGAAGCUGAUCGAAAGAAAGCAAACACAGAUCAGAAAAAUAUAUCCUGGCUUGCCAUGCUUCAAAGAAGGUGUUCGACAGAUCCCCAUAGAAAGCAUUCCAGGAAUUCGUGAAACUGGAUGGAAGCCAACUGGGAAGGAAAAAGGGAAAGAAUACAAAGACCCAGAUCAACUGUAUAACAUUCUAAAGAACCUGUUGGCACAAAUCAAAGCUCAUCCCACCGCAUGGCCAUUCAUGGAACCAGUAAAGAAGUCUGAAGCACCUGACUAUUAUGAAAUAAUUAGGUUUCCAAUUGACCUCAAGACUAUGACAGAACGGCUUAAGAAUCGAUAUUACGUUACCAAAAAACUGUUUAUAGCUGAUCUGCAACGCAUAAUUACUAAUUGUCGUGAAUACAACCCACCAGACAGUGAAUACUGUAAAUGUGCCAAUGGCUUAGAGAAGUUUUUCUAUUUGAAACUAAAGGAAGCGGGCUUAAUCGACAAGUAAAAUGCAGUAGGAGGACAUAUCAAGACAGGAACUGAAUUUGUCUGUGACUGUUGAGGAAGCACCUUUGCAAAGAUUCCUGCUGCCAGUGUCCAGUUCUGGUUAGAAAGAAAAUGUACAGAAGGUGGAAUUUAACUACUAUUAUCCUAGUGUGGCAGAGAACUGGUUGUAGGUGGAUAAUUUUGGGAAAUGUGUAAACUGAAAUUAUCAUCCUUACUUGCAUAACGCAAUACUGAAAAACAGAUGAAGACAAAGAUGGAUUAUUGUCGGAAAUUGUUUUUUAAUAAUGACACCUGCCCUGAUUUUUCUGAAACAUUUUUAUCAAAGUUACAUGUGAUGUAAAUGUCACAACUACUUGCAGAAAGUACACUCUUUUUUUUUUUUAAAUCCCUUGGAUUCACAUUGAUUGAGGUAUAAUUCUCAGUAGCUGUUUCAGGUGUUCAGUUGUAUAGAGUUCACAGUGGGUGAAGGGGGAGAGAUAAGCUUAGAGAUUAUACUUGGCUUACACAACACAGCAGAACUGACGGUUAUAACAAGAAGCUAAAGAUGUUCAACAUUUAGUUGCAGUAAUCUAAGCUAUAUAGAUUGUAUUCAUGGCUGGGAUAUGACAGCAGUCCAGAUUUCAAAGCUUUAGGGCACCUUCCACACACCCAAACCUUCAGAGGCUCAUUAGAGAUGUAUAAGAGACAGUUUGGGCACUGAAAGCUUCAGAGCUUUUUUGCCACUGAAGUGCUUCACCUGUGCAGGCUUUGUGGAUUUGACGGUCAGCUAGUGAUCUUUGGGGUUGGGCAUAUGAACCCCCUUCUGGAGAAAACCUUCCACCACUUAAUUUUAUACUGUGAAUUUUUUUUUUAUUUUAUGCAAAGAAAUGCUUUUUUAUGGGACUGCUAUGUUGCUGAGGAGAUUUUUUUACUUGUGUAAUAUUUAUGAGACAUAACUGUAAAAAAAAAAUAUUUUGUUAAUAUAGACUACCUGCUUGUGGCUUUUGCUGCAUUUUGGGACAGUCAAGGAAAAUUUACUUCAGAACCUUAAUUUACCUUUCAGAAGGUUUACCAACUACCAUCUUCAAUAUGGACCAAUCGUCAGCCACCAUGGAUCUUGUUUCCCCAAUCUGGAAGAAGAGGGAAGUUGUUAAUGAGUCUUUGAUCAACUCCAUCACUGCCUCAGCUGUGACCAAAACUGUUUCCUCAGACCUUCCAUCUUUUUUGCUCCUAGUCCCUCUGGUGUAGUUCCUUGGGGUGCAACUAAAGACUGGGAAAUUGGUAUGUCCUCUCCAGCUGUAGGAUUGCCUUCACAAGGCAAAAGAUAACCACUCUUGUCGGGCUUUUGGAAAGGAGUGUGUGAAGGUUUACUGAUUAGCCGGAUAAGGUGCCCGAUUCCCAGGCUUGGGCUUCUGUCAUGGGUUGGUCCUCUUCCAGGAAGUCUCUCGUUAAGAUAGAGCAGAUAGGUAAAAUUGGUAAAAUUUGUUUUUUCUCCUGUUUCUUGAAGUAUGGACAGUGAAGAUUUGCUGGGAUUUGUUAAGGGGCCACCCUCUGCUUUUAAUAUGUUAAUUCCUGGUUCCUUAUUACAUUGUAAUUGAAAAAGAAAAAGUUGUCCCUCAAGAGUCUGACAGUGAUUUCCAUUUAAUGAAGGAAGGGUGUUAUUCUUCAGUUAAUUCUCAUCUAGCUUAAGAUUCUGAUCUGAGGAAAGUGUUUCUUCAGAUUUCCUUCCAGAAAAAUUAUCUUUUUUUGAUACUGUUAACAAAAUAAGAAAAUUAUUUCAUUGAUAAAAAAAAAAAAUCAAAUCCCUGUGUCCCAGAAAAUGUGUUAUGGUUUAUUAUAACUGGAGUUUUCAUAACCUGCCAUUCUUCUUCCUGUGUUGUCUGCCUUUGACGAUGUUUUCUUAGCUUGCAUUCUGCCGAAGAGUCAGCCUUCCAAAAAAGUUUGGCAGGUACUAUAUUGUACCUCAGAAAAAAAUUCUUGUUCUCCACCCCCAGAUCAAAUCUGUAGUUAUGAAUUUACGUCUUCUGCUGUGAAACAUAUUGUGAAUGCUGUCAAGGAUGGAAACAGUUUUGAAAGAGCUGAGGAGAGUUUAUUCUUCUGCUUCCUUAAUUCAGAACUUUGAAUUACCAGGUUCAUAUGCAAAAAUUUGUCUGGCUUUUGAGAACGUCAGAAAGUUAACUGUUAACCUUCCUACUUCCGAGGUUAAAACAAGAUAUUUACUAGCUUCUUCUGAGAACAUGAGAAAAUUGACUUUAACCUUACUACUUCUGAUGUUAAAACUUCUUUAAAUACGUUAACCGUAUCUGCUUCUCAACUAACCAGCACUCUUUAAUGUGCUCUUAUUCUUCUAAUGCUAGUGUUUCCAGAGCUGCUGCUAUUGAUUUGAUUGUAAGAUUUGUUUGGUUAUGUUCUCAAAACGUACUAGAAGAUGUUAAAGCUGAGAUUUUGAAUUCUGUCCUGGACAAAGAUUUGUUGUUCGGUCUCUCUGCUGCUGAUUUCCUUCAAUAAAAUGAAUGAAAGACAGAAACUGAUUCAAUGAAUCAGUCAUAUUUUUCAAACUUUCUUUUCAAAGUUUAGUAAAAACUUUCCUUCCUUUUCAGGAUCCUUUUCCAGAAAACUGAACAAGCAGUCUCCACAAAGUUUUAGCAAGAAAAAUUUUAAAAAAAAAAGUGUCAAGGAGACUCAAAGAAAAAAGCUUGAGCCUUCCAAGGCCAAGGGCAUUCACUAUUUGUCAGGGUCGGGAAAAGAAAAGAGGAGACCAUCUUUCAAGUAUAAUCAAAUGUCAGUAAAUAAAGAAAUAUUUGCCUGUGUCUAAGCCUCCAUGUUUCACUGUGGCAUCAGAUUAUCUCAGACAGCUGAGUUCUAACCAUUAUCCAAUAAGAGUACUGAAGGCAGUGGCAAUUCCUUCCCUCUUUCCAGGGGAUUAGUCCCCAUCCUGCACACCAGAAGUCCCGGUUUCCUUCUAUUUUAGAGCAAGUGUUGGUUCAGGGUAUGAUAGAACAUGUGUCCACAGCUCAGAUGGGCAACAUGUUUUUUUUUUUUUUUUUUUCAAGGAUUUUUUGGUGCAAAAAAAAAAAAUAAAUAAGGAAUAUAGAAACCAGUCAUAGACUUCUCCUCUCUCAAUCUUUUUUCUUCCCUUUUUUGUCAGGAUUUCAACAUUCAAAAUGUUAACACUUUAAAAGCGAUGUUACCUGUCAUGGUUGUCAUGCAGCUUCAUGGAAACAUUGCACUUAAAGAAGCUUAUAGUCACUUGCUGAUUUGCAAGGAAUUCAGGUCUGAUUUUAAGAUUUUCUGUGUGUGGCUCACAUUAUCAAUUAUCUGUCUUAUCCUUUGGUCUGAGGCAUUCACAUCUUCCCAUAUCUUGUUGAUUGUCUUAUAUUUGCAGACACAUUUUCUAGUUGACAGGUUCCCUAAUAUGGGUCAUGAAACUGCUGCUCAGUUUGGGGUUUCAACUGCACUUGCAGCAGUCAUCUUUCAUUCCUUCCCAUCACUAGUGUUUCUACUAUGUCUUCUUAAUUCAUCCGUAGGAAGACCCUUUCUUCCACUGGGCAAAGUAGAACUGUACAAAAAAUAUUUCUGGACUUCUCCAGUUGAUUUUAGGUUUCUGCCAGGGAAUUUAUUACAAUUAUGGGUUUACUGGCUUCUAUGAUUCUUACAGUUCCCUUAGCCAGACUUCACAUGAGAAGAAUUCAGUUGUACUUCAGAUGUUUCUGGAAUCAGCAUCAUCACCCUUUGUUUUUUUUCUAUUGCAGUUCUGAGUUUGUCAGAAGUGUGCUUCUUUGGUGGAUGGAUCAGUUGUCUUUCAGUGGUAUGUAGACAAACAAGGGCAUUCCAGAUCUUUUUCUCUUUGCAGACUUGCUAUGAUUGCUUGGGAGGCAACAACUCUGCCCAGUCUUAUUCUUCAGGCUUUAUACAUUCUGUCAGAACAAAAUCUUGUAACAGACAAGCUGAGCUGAACCAGGAUAGACCAUCAUAAACGGAAAUUACACCGGGGGGGGUCUUCCAAGUACACAUCAAAUAGAUCUGUUUGAUUACUUUCAAAACACAGCUAAAGAAAUUCUGUCCUAGGAUUGCUAGGCCUGGAAGACAUAUGCCUCCUCAUUCCCAUGGAUGGGAAUGUUCCUUUCUGCUUUUCUACCCUUUCCACUGAUUCCCAGAGUUAUUUAAACGAUCCAGGAGGACUGUCCAAAGACUGUAGUGGUGACUUUCUGUCCCAGGCAACAGUGGUUCUCCUUUCUGAAAUUGACCAUGGGCAAUGGCCAUAUGCUUUCUCUUUGACUGGAUUUACUCACAAAAAGAAUAAGAGUUAUUUAAUACACCCCUUUCUGAAAACACUUCAGUUGACUGCCUCAGUAUGAGUUCUGAUGCAUUUUAGGAACCUUUUUUUUCUGAAGAAGUGCUGUGAGUAUUAAAUGAGUUGGGAAAAAAAUGCUACUAGAAAAUCGUAUGUUUAAAUGGAAAUUCAUUUUCUAGUUGGUGCCACUUUAAGAACCAGAACCUUUUCAAGACAUGCUUGCCUCUGGUUCUUGGUUAUUUGUGUGAGUUUUUAUCCUCUGCCGUCUUAUUCUUAUGUCAAGAUUUAUCUUUCAUCCAUUUCUGCGUGUCUGCUCCUAGGUCCACCUUUCUACCUGUCCUGAAGUCAAUUUUUGAAAGUGGUUUUACAUGCCACUUGGAAAAUGGGAGCUCCUCUUGGGGUCUUAAUAUUGUGCUUGAAAGGUUGACAUGUCUGCCAUUUGAACGAGCUCAUCAGGCAGAUUUAAGAUUCUUAACAUGGACAGCUGUAUUAGUUAUUGUUAUGACAUCUCAAGAAGAGUAUCUUGAGUUACAAAUAUUUAUGAUAAGUGAACCCAACUUAUUUUCCAUAAGGACAGUUUUUUUUGAGAACUAAUUCUUCUUUUAUGCCUAAAGUAGUUUCAUAGUUUACUUUAAAAACAUACUGUUCAUCUUCCUGUAUCCUUUCCAGGACCUAAAAAGGACAGAGAAAGAAUUCUAAGUAUUGUGGAUGCCUACAGGCAGCUCAGAUACUGCUUGUAGAGAAUUAAACUAUUUAGGAAAGCCGAUCAGCUGUUUAUCACCUAUGAUGGUAAGAAGAAAGGACAAACCAGUGUCAGGGCAGACAGUUUCCAGAUGAUUGUCUCAUGCAGUUUCUGUCUGCUAUGCUCACCUUAGUGAGCCACUUGUAGGAAGGAUUAUGGCUUUGGCUUCAUCUGUGGUUAUUGCAAAAGGGUUGAUUCUAGAAAUUUAUGGACACUGUAGCUUGGCCCCUCUAUGCAUAAUUUUACAAAGCAUUACAAACUAGAUUCCUUUUAUACACUGCAUUACAAACUAGAUUCUUUUUCCACAUCCUGAACACACUUUGCAAGCACCAGUCUCCCUGGGAUCAAGGAUUCUUUUUCUUCCCUACACGUGUAUAACCUUUAGUAAUUUACCCUGGUCUGCAGUAUCCCUACACGUGUAUAACCUAUAGUAAUUUACCCUGGUCUGCAGUAGUGGUCUAAAUGUUAAACAUUGUACAGUUGUGUAAGUAAAUUUACUAGCAGUAAGGAUUCUGUUAGGUCACUGUUGCAGUAUCCUUCCCCACCCUGCAGCCCCUUACUUUUUUUUGUAUGUAUUAACCGUGUGGUGUUGCAUGUUUGUAUGUGAUAUUGUUUGUAUGUAUGUACACCCCUGUGUAUACAUAUGAGAGUAAGCUAUAUUUUUAUUUUAAAUUUGGGUGUUCUGUUUCUAGCUGUUUUCCUUCCAGGGCUGUAGCAUCCACUCUUGGGGUAAGAAAACUCAAGCGUUCUAUGCCCAAACUGCCCCCUAACUGGCUCUGCUGAGGCCAGUGGAAGUUUGAGUACAUGAUAGAGGACCUAAAAAUGGCUUGUGGUCAUAUCCUAUGCAAGGAUAUAAUCUGUAGAGAUUAGGCUACUGCAACAGUAAUCUGUUAAAAUAUCUGGUAACUUUAUUUAUAAAAGAAAGUACAGCUGUGUAAGUAAAGUUGUUAGCCAAGUGUUGCAUUGUAGUAAAAUAGUAAGGAACUACGAGUAAUCAUGUCAGUGAUGUGCCAUACAGGCUGUGGUGCUGCAGAGAUAAUGAUACAGGAUAGUAAAACAUAAUUUCCAAGCUUU